AUGUCGGGCAAACCAGGCAACGAAAAGACAUUUGUCUGCCCGGGGUGUCUCAAGGGCAAUUUCAAGAGCCUCCAUGCUGUCAAAGUUCAUUUUGAGGCAAAGGGUCACCCUUUGAAAUGUGUACCAUGUGAACAAUCUUUCGAUGGGCUGAAACCAUUGCUCAAUCACUGCAUGGGACAUGCGCAGCAGGAAGACUCCGCUCCCAAGCGCCCCCAGAAACAGGAACAGGGCCCUGUCCCGAACAAAGUUCAAGUCUCAAAGCCCGUGGAUACAGCUCCAGCACGCAAGUCAAAGAAGGGCCAGCAACUUCAAAGUCAAGAGGAUGCGUCCAAACAGGCUGCCGUGCAACCCCAGAAAAAAGAGCAGAUCGUUGAUGACUCUCAGUUGCAGUCAAAGCCUCUGAGCUCAACAACAUCACGGAAGUCAAAGAAGGCUAAGCAGGCUCAGAACCAGGAUGGCGAAACUGUCCCCACCAGUAUCGCUGGAAAAGCAGCUCCUAAGCAAGUUCAAAAGUUCAUCAAGGGUCAGGACCUAUCCUCCGUGAAGGCAGCAGAGGCAAAUCAAAAGCCCGCGCCAGCUCAGGCCCAACCCCAACGUUCUCAGAAGUCUGAUAAGGGGAAGGAUCGCCCGAAGACGAACAAAGCAGUAGAAAUACUAGCUCGACCACGUCCUCAGUCACCGUUACAUUCCGUCUUCUCGGCUGAUCCCAAGUCCCAGCCGAACUCAUCUUUUGGCUUUGGUGAUACGCUGCUUGAUACUUCAGAGCGUGAACGUGAAGCCGCCCGGAGUUUGACCCGAGCUUCUCAAAAUGAAAAUUUCCAAGUCGUCCUCGAGCCACUGGAACAAAAUUUGAUCUUCCGGUACUUGUUGGCGCGCUGUCAUUCAGAUACCCGUUUGGCUAAGCAUGGCUAUACAUUCCAGCCUAGUCUGAAUGAUACUUAUAAGCGCCCAUCGAAGCAAUGUCCUAUCAAGAGGGGGCUCUUCCGCGAAGUUCCUCGGUGGUCUUCGGACAACACGCCGAAACGACGAGCCAUCGUGCUCGAUUGUGAGAUGGUUCAAGUCGAGGAAGGACGUCGAGAACUUGCAUUCCUAAGUGCCAUCGACUUCUUAACUGGAGAGGUUCUGAUUGACAAUUACGUACAGCCCAACGCAAAAGUCGUCAACUGGGAUUCUCGGUUCAGUGGCGUAACCCCCGGCGCAAUGAACAAGGCUGUCAAGAAGGGAAUAGCCCUGAAGGGCUGGGAAGGCGCACGCGCAAAGCUCUGGAGCUUCAUGAACAGCGAUACUGUGCUUAUCGGCCAUUCGCUAAACAAUGAUCUAGACGUCUUGGGCAUGAUCCACUGGAACAUUGUUGAUUCAUCCAUUAUGACCAGCGAAGCCGUCUUCCUCAAUAUCCACUCGGGAGAGCAACUUACCCGCACAUGGGGUCUGAAGACCCUCGCCCUCGAGCUGGUUAACUACGAAAUCCAAGUCGGCAAGAAGGGUCACAGUGCCCUUGAAGAUGCCCACGCCACACGAGACGUGGUCAUCUGGUGUAUUCGGUACCCAGAGCUCUUGAAGGCGUGGGCCGAUAAUGCCAGGGAAGAGGAGGUGAUGCGCGCACUCGAACGGGAGAUGAAGAAGACGACUGAGAAGGAACAGCUUGAGGAACAGAGGAGAUUGGAAAUGGAGUCCAGAGUUCAGGCUUUGUCGCAAGGCCUCACUGGCAUGUCUGUCGAUGAGCCUGCUGAGGAGUCCGAGUCCGAGCAUGAGUCGUGGCCCAUGAUGGUAGGGGGAUACGAUCGGGUUGCAUCAGUUGAAUUCUUCUGA